UUGGACUUGUGACUACGACCUUCACCAGUUUCGUAAAUAAAGUCAAAUUACUCGUUCUGGGUUCACAUUCAAAAUGGUUAACUCUGCAACAGAUCCUGUGACUGUCAACGAUACCACAAAGUUGGUCAAAGAUAUUGCAGAACUUUACUUGAGCGAAAAAUUCUCAGAUAUCACUUUAAUUGUUGGCAAGGAAAAAAUCUUUGCUCACAAGGUUAUUCUUGCUGCACGAAGUGAGUACUUUGAAGGACUCCUCUAUGAAGACGGAAGAGGAACAGAUCAGUCAGAACUUGAAAUAACGCUGGAUACUACUCCCGCCGCCUUGCGAAACGUCCUCAGAUUCCUCUACACAGGUAGCAUCACGAUAACCUCUUCCGACUUGGACUCUAUUUUAGAACUCAUCGGAUUGGCGCACCAGUUCUCGCUCACCGACUUAGAAGUUGCUGCAGGUAACAAAAUAAAAUCCAAUCUAAACCUCAAAAACAUUUGUACGGUUUUGAAUACUGCGAAUUUAUAUGAAUUGACUGAACUCCGAGAUGCUUGUCACUCAUUCAUGGACCAACAUGCUUCAGAAAUCCUCAACGAUGAUUGUUUCAACAAUUUGAGUCAAAAAUCCUUGAUUAAAUUGUUGGAAAGAGACACGUUUUUUGCUCCUGAAAUUGACAUUUUUAAAGGUGUAGCCCAAUGGUGUCGAAGUAAUAACUACAUUUCUGGUUUAGUAGUGAAAUGUGUUCGACUAUCUUGGUUGAGUGUCGUAGAAAUUGUAUCGAUAGUGUGGCCUUUGAAACUUGUCGCUUGUGAAGAUUUGCUUCAAGCUAUCGCCGAAAUUGUGGAAGUUAAACCCAAAACGUCGAGCUGCAGGGCAAAACUAAUGGUGGAUAUAAAUGUUGCCACGGCUGAAUACAAUGCUAAAGUACUUACAGGCUACUCCACUUAUCUAUUGGCUGGAAAUAGAGACGUAAAUAGAUACUCAACGUCGACUCUAGGCGAUAAAGAUGGAUUUACUAUUAAAUUUGGUACUCCGGUUUUGAUUAACCAUAUCAGUACGCAGUUGUGGGAUAAGGACUUUAGAUUCUAUCAAUAUUACGUGGAAGUAUCAACGGACCAAAAGCACUGGGAGAAAGUUAUUGAUUAUCAAGAGUAUUCAUGCCGAUCAUUCCAAAAUUUGUAUUUUGAGGACCGUGUAGUACAGUUUGUCAGACUCGUUGGGACUCGCGACACUGCUGAGCCUGGUUUCCAUCUCGUUUUUUUUGAGGCUUAUUUUAAGCGAAACGUUCCCAAAAUUUUAAACGGCAUAAUCCGACCCACAACUAACGUAGCUACUACAGCCAAAAGCGCGGUUGUUAUUGAGGGAACAAAUGGUGGAGCUUUACUGGACGGUGUUACAGCCAAUUAUAGUAAUUAUGCUAAACACGGAAUAGGUUCGGGAGGUAUCGUAGUCCAGCUAGGUCAACCCUAUAUAAUCUCAAGCAUGAAACUUCUACUAUGGGACCAAGACACUCGAACCUACAAAUACUACGUCGAAACUUCUGUCAAUAAAAGCGAAUGGACCAUAGUUGCAGAUCACAGAAACGAAGAAAGUAAAUCCUGGCAAGUUUUACGUUUUUCCGAAAGACCCGUCGUUUUUAUAAGAAUAACGGGAACCUCGAACAGCGCUAACAGUGAAUUCCAUCUGCUGCACUUUGAGUGUCCUGCUAGCGAGGAGGCAAAAACAUACUAAAACGCAUUUAAAUACUUUGUAAAAAUAACAAGAAUAAAAACUAACCCUGUAA